CCUGGUUGCCGAUAUUGUUAACAAACGAUGCAUGCCUGCUUUGCGCGAUAGGUGCAGUUCCAAGUUGCGUUUUCACCUGCUAAGUUCGAAUACAUUUGAUACGAAUAUGAGUCUUUUGAAGAUAGGGAGUCUACUCCUGUUAUGUUUAUUUAGUGUGUCAGCAACAGAAGAUGGGAAAUCCUCCAAUAAUAUAGUAAAAGAUGCCACUGACAUCGAAGCUCAACCCUCGACGAAUUUAGAAACACAGAUCGAGCAGAAGCCCAUUGCAAAAGCUUCCAAAGUUUCCGAAUUUUACAUUGGAGAUCUGUUACGCACUUCCGAUAAGGAGUUAGACACUGCCAGCACGGUAUAUAACCCUAUUUCGUCUACUCCUGAAUAUAACCAUCGUGCUCUCAAUCCGGAGGAUCCUAGAUUAUUUGCCAGUUACAAACCUCGUGGAGCUCAGAGUUAUGCUGCCGAAGAGAUUCUUUUACCACUUAUGCACCCUGGAAGAUUACAAAAUCCAAUUAAGGUAGCAGAUGCAGCUCCUCUGGGUGUUUAUGAAAAAGCUGCAAUUCAGCAACCUGGAAUUCACGGGAGAAAUGCUGAAGCUGAUAUUUCUGCCUUGAGAAGAUAUGAACCAUCUCAAGGACCUCAUAAAGGACCUGACUGCAAAAAAUAUCUUCAUUCAUCUCCUGCAAGUAGCGAAGAAGGUUAUGCAUCAGAUGAAAGAGCUUCUUAUAGACAGGGCAGAGCACCUCAUGCACCACCUCCACCCACAGAAUAUAGAAACCCAGGAAGCUAUCAGGAUGAUAGUUCUGAAGAAUCUCCAGGAUACAGUCAAAGCUCUCCAUCAAGAUCCAAAAGCUAUGCAUCUGAACACGAUUCCGACACACAUUCUGAUUCUAAAUCAGGAAGAUCUUACACAACAUCCAAAAGCACUUCAACCUCUAAAACGGUCAAUCCUAAUAACAAGCGAGGCAAAGUUUACGUAUUCGACACACGAAAACCAGCGAAACAAGGCCACAGCAGUAGCAGUAGCCAUGGAUCAAGGUCAAGGAGCAAGAGCAAAUCUCGACCUUCUCAUGAUUCCGAGGAAGCACCACCCACUUACCAUAGUUCUCCUGAACGAGAACCCCAAUCGCAAUAUCACCAAAGUUAUGAUUCAGAAGCCCCAAGUAGGCCAUCCCAUCCCAGCCACGCACCUUCUCAUUACCAGAAACAACAUUAUUCAGAAGAACCACCUGCAGAACAUUAUGAAAGGGACAGUUAUAGAGGAUCAAAAGCACCUCCUGCUGCAAGCUAUAGUAAAGACGGAUACAGCCACCAAGAAGCUCCUUUAAGAGAAAGACAACCUAGCAUUCCACCCAAAUAUAAUUCAAAUGAUAAUGGCAGAGAACCACCCACAGGACCUUACAGGAACCCUGAAGAAACUUAUGUAGCUGAUCAGCCUACACGUUAUAGAGAUGCAAACCGUCACUAUAAUUCACCAAGACAAUCUGAGGCACAAUAUUAUCAACAGGAGCAACCUACAAGACCAAGAAAAGGACGCCAGCAUGCCUCUUAUGAUGCUUAUUCGCCUGAAAAUGCACCAGUUCGUGGAGAAGCCCCUUAUGAACGAAAUUCUCCAGUACCAAGGCCGCCAGUUAGUAAGAGACCACAAUAUGCUUAUGAGGCUACCUCAUAUUCUAAUGCUGAGAGCAGUGAAAAUUAUCCAAGAUCCAGAAGACCUUCUGGUAGAUCUGAACGCUCUUCAGCUAAUUAUUACCAACCAGCUCAAGCUGAAAUGAGAGCACAUGUUCCAGAAGUUGUUGCCGAACACACACCUAGAGCCACAAUCAGUAAAGAAAGUAUCCCACAGCAGUCCAGAUCUGUAUCCUAUUCAGAAAGCAGUUAUAAUAUGGGUGAGCCGGUUUCUCCAAAACCUAAAGAAGUUCUCGUCGAACCAACAAAGGUUCAAGCACGAAUGUAUGAAGAACCUCAAAAAAUGGUAAAUCCUCUGCUUUCCAGAGAAAGAGAUAAUGGAUAUGAAGCACCAUACAAACCUUUCAAUUCGGAACACCCAGUCGGUUAUGGAAGUGAUCGUUAUCAUGAGGAGCCCCACAGUGGAGAAAGAGAUUAUAAGCCCCAACCUUACGAAGAUUAUGAUGAUGAAGAAGCCGGCUAUGAUCAUGCUGAUGAUGGUAAACCAAAAGGAGAAGUCGUUGGAUACGCAGAUAAAUAUGAAAGUCACGAACCUCUUGAGCUUGAUGACGAUUUCUUUCGAAAAUAUGAAAUAUCUAAAAAUGCCAAAAUUAUUGUUGCAACUCCAAUGAAUCCAAACUUAUUUGUAGCUGAUGGAACUCAAGUAUCUGAAGGCGGAUCAUCAGAUGACGACGUAUCUUAUGAAGAAAGGAAUCAAGAUCCUAAAGAAGAAAUUGAACCAGAAAUUGUUUCUCCCAAACAGCAACUUUUUGACUUACCUCACGUACCAGAAUCAUUCAGUCAGCUGGUUGACUCAAAUCCAAGAUUCCUAAGGAAAGUAUCCAAAUCUAAACGACCGGAGAUUGGAGAAUUUGAAGAAUAUGAUCCUUCUUUGGAUGAACUCGUUUUCCGAAGUGGAGUUGGUGACCCAAAAGCUUUUGUAAAGUCUAAAGGUUCCAAAGAAAUGGUUCAACAUCACGGAGAUGGUGUGAGUAAAAUAAUUUUUAAUUCAGGAGGAAUGCAAAGGCAUUCUGCAUCCGAAAAUAAGGAAGCAUAUUUACCCAAAAGUGAAGCACAAGAUGAUGAGAAAUUAGAAUCUGCAAAAUCUGAGAAGGUGGAAAAAAUAGCUGAACCAGAAGAAAAGAAAGAUUGAACUGUAUGAACAAAAUAAAUUAAGUGCCACGAUUUUUUUAAUAAGUUAUUUGUAUCCUUCAAACGAAAUAGGAUCUACAGUUUUACUGUGAUGUCAAGUGCCUGAAAUGCUGAUAGUAGAUAUUUCAAAGAAGCACAUGAAAUCCAUAAGUAUCCUCUGUUAAUGAAGAUGUAGGGAAUGAUAUCUCGAUCCCACUUAUUUUAUUUUUAAAUUAAAUUUCUAUUUUUCAUUUUGUUGAUACUUAUAGAGUUAAUAUUUUCAAUACAAAAAGCGGAUAUCAUAAUGUAGCAUGUAUUCUGAAUAAGGCAAUAUGAGUAUUCAGAUUGCUUGUAAUAACAUGAAUUCUGAUUUCCUUAUAGAAUAACAGGUAUGUUAGCUAUUAUGAGCGUUUAGAUCUCCUAACAAUAUUUUUGUGGGAUGUAAUCCUCACAAAGUUUAAUACUUAUUUCUCGGCUUUCUUAAAGGUGAAAGCAAAUAUGUGAGGUACUAUGACAGAAUUUGAUGAAGUCUUUAAAAGUAUUUGAUAAAAAUUGCAAAUGAAUUGUUGAUUUUAUAAUAACAAGAUUUGAUGUUCGUUGUUAUGUAUAUGAUGAAUAUGUAUUUUAUGUUGUCUUAAAAAGGCAUUAGAAGUUGAAGUGUACAUAGUGUGAUAUA